AUGAGCGCCUCAAUCUACAAGCCGGUGUCUCAGAAAGUUCCCGCCAAUGACAAAGACCAGACGUCAUCCAACAUGGGUACGAGGUAUGAGGUUGACACGCGCUGUGGAUUCUGGAUGUAUAAACCGGCCUUCAUACAGCCUCUGGCAAAGGUUAGCGUCUUUGCUGUUCUCUAUGGAUUUGCUGGAUUGAUGACGCAAACGCUGACGUUUUACGUGAAUUCUCAGGUGACCACAUUGGAGCGACAAUUUGGCUUCAGUUCAUACCAAACAGGCAUCAUUCUGGCAGCCAACGACAUCGGGUACCUGGCCUGUGUGCUGUUUGCGGCUUAUCUGGCACCCCGAACUCACAUCCCCAGGUCGCUAGGUAUAGCGGUGAUCAUUUAUGGGAUCUCCGGCAUAGCUUGUUCCCUCCCCCACUUUAUGUAUGGAGCAUCGGCCAACAUAGAUCCAACAACAGACCACACCAACAGCACAGAAUCUAACUUCAGAAAACAGGCGGCUGUUGUAGGCAGCUUGUGUGACAUCUUCAACAACAGCGGGGAUACCUGUGGGAUCGAUGCAGCAGCCUCAGAGAAAGAAAUCCAAAUCUCUCUGAUCAUUAUCGUGAUUGGAAUGGCUCUGCAGGGUUUUGGCAAGGCACCUCGGGCAUCGUUUUCUAUAGUAUAUGUCGAUGACAACACAUCCAAGGUCAACACUGGUUUUUACGCAGGUAUAAUGCUGUCCACCUCACUGCUGGGUCCAGUGGCCGCCUUCCUGUUGGGCGGGGUCUUUAGCCGCAUGUACGUCACACUAGAAGCUACACAGCUGACGCCACGUCAUCCUAAAUGGAUCGGGGCCUGGUGGUUAGGUUACAUCGUGUUUGGGCUGCUCUCUUUGAUCGUGUCCAUCCCUCUCUUCUGUUUCCCGCGCAAACUGCCUAGAAAGAAGGUCAAGGACAAAUUCCUGUCAUCCUUGUACCGACUACUCACAAACCCUCUGUACGUUUGUCUCAUAUGCUCCUCAUGCGGCAACAUGUUCCAGGCAGCAGCUAACCUUGCAUUCUUCCCCAAAUUCGUGGAGAGGAUGUUUCACCUGCCGGCCCAUACAGCCAAUUACAUCACAGCUGGCCAGUACUUGUGUACAUACUGUGUAGGAACUUUCAUCGGUGGCUUUCUGACCAAACGAUUCAAGAUGACCGCCAUGACCAGCAUCAAGUUUAACAUCGCUGCAUUCAGUUUAUCUCUCCUGUUUCAAUUCCUGAUGUUCGUUUUCCAGUGCGAGCAGCCAACCAUUCACAAUUGGCCUGGCGAAGAGAACAACUGCAACAAGGGAUGUAACUGCAGGGACAACAGUUACUUCCCCAUCUGUGGAGACGAUGGCAGGACCUACUACUCUCCUUGUCACGCCGGCUGUCUCCAGGCGGAGCUCAGGGUGUACCAGAACUGUUCCUGUAUACCCAGGGGUCAGGCCAGAGAAGGCCCCUGCGACUACGGGUGUUCCCAUCUUUACGGUUACGUGGUGAUAGUUGGCUUCCAAAACAUGUGUUCCAUAGUGGCACUUAUGCCUAAACUAAUCAUACUCAUGAGGUGUGUUCCCGAAAAAGACAAGUCUAUGGCUCUGUCCGUGUCCCCUUUCAUGACGUCAAUUUGUGGUUGGCUGUUGGCGCCAAUCGUCAUUGGCGGCGCCAUAGACAAGACCUGUCUCAUUUGGGACAUCACGUGUCUCAUUAGGGGACGCUGUCUUCUCUAUGACAACUAUCAGUUCGGGAUACAGUUCCAUGGAUACUCAGCCCUUGGCUUGUGCAGCUCUUUGAUCUUUAUGGUGAUAGCUUACCUCUGCGCCAGGUGGAGCAGGUGUUUGGACGAAGGUACUAAUGACCCCACAGAGGGCAUCACUAUCGAUGUGAAAGGCGACUGUACUGUUCACGUUUCUGUAGUGGGCGGAGAGGUCAAGUCAAAUGGACAAGAGCUUAAACUUGACGAGGAAAAGUCACAUGCAUAA